AUGUUUAGCGUUCAGUCGCGCCAUGAUGACAACACGCCGAUUCAUUCACCACACUGGCUGAGUAAACGACUGAGGGGAAGCGGAUGGUUCAAGUCCAUUCGUGAGAGAGACAAGCAGACCGCCUGGAACGUUGAGGGUAUAAAUGGUGCGAUCGUGCUCUCAAAGCCGGUGUACAAGACUUCAUGCGAGUUAAAUCUGACUUCGCUUGGAGCAAGAUCGUCGCGGAAAUGUCUGCGUGCGAAGGCGCUCAUCUAUCUAUCUAUCUAUCUAUCUAUCUAUCUAUCUAUCUAUCUAUCUAUCUAUCUAUCUAUCGAUAUAUAUAUAUAUAUAUAUAUAUAUAUAUAUAUAUGCGUGUGUAUGUGUGUGUGUGUGUGUGUGUGUGUCAAUCUCAAUCAUUAUUUAUCUGUCUAUCUAUCUAUCUAUCUAUCUAUCUAUCUCUGUUCAUUAUCUAAGAAUCAGUGUAUCUAUAUACCUGUCAGUCGGUCUAUCUAUCUCAAUUCAUUAUCUAUCUAUCUAAUCUAUCUAUCUCUCCCUUUCAUUAUCUAUCUAUCUAUCUAUCUAUCUAUCUAUCUAUCUACUGGCAUGAAAAGAACAGAUUUAAUUAUCUAUCUAUCUAUCUAUCUAUCUAUCUAUCUAUCUAUCUAUCUAUCUAUGCCUGUUCGUUUUCUAUUAUCUAUCUAUCUAUCUAUCUAUCUAUCUAUUUAG